CCUGCGCCCCCCGAGAGUCGGCCUGUUCGGAGCACCGGGCCGUGGGGGGCGGGUGGGAACCAAACUUUUUCUUGCCCUGGGCCGGGACACGUUAUCUCAGGGUCCAGCCUAGCCCCUAGGCACCAUGUCGGACAGCGAUCUAGGUGAGGACGAAGGUCUCCUGUCACUAGCAGGCAAGAGAAAGCGCAGAGGGAACCUGCCCAAGGAGUCCGUGAAGAUCCUCCGGGACUGGCUGUACCUGCACCGCUACAACGCCUACCCCUCAGAGCAGGAGAAACUGAGCCUUUCUGGACAAACCAACCUCUCGGUGCUGCAGAUAUGUAACUGGUUCAUCAACGCACGGCGACGCCUCCUCCCAGACAUGCUCCGGAAAGAUGGCAAAGACCCUAAUCAGUUCACCAUUUCCCGCCGUGGGGGUAAGGCCUCAGAUGUGGCCCUCCCAAGGGGCGGUAGCUCCUCAGUGCUGGCUGUGUCUGUGCCCACCCCCACCAACAUGCUGUCCUUAUCCAUGUGCUCCAUGCCACUCCACUCAGGUCAGGGGGAAAAGCCAGCAGCCGCCGCCUUCCCACAAGGGGAACUGGAACCCCCCAAGGCCCUCGUGACCCCUGGUAGCACACUCACCCUGCUGACCAGGGCCGAGGCCGGAAGCCCCACCAGUGGACUCUUCAACACGCCGCCCCCCACGCCGCCGGAGCAGGACAAAGAGGACUUCAGUGGCUUCCAGCUGCUGGUGGAGGUGGCGUUGCAGAGGGCGGCUGAGAUGGAGCUUCAGAAGCAGCAGGACCCGGCACCCCCAUUGCUGCACACUCCCAUCCCUCUAGUCUCCCAAAACCCCAAGUAGACACCUGCUGCCAGGUGGCUCGAGGCUCAGGCCAGCUGUCCUGGGUUCCUGGUUUGCUUCCCUUCCAUACAGAGGGUUUUCUACGGAUCACUGCCAAGCAUCCAGGUCAUCUCUGUCUGGAGGUCCUCAGCCCAAAGACACCAGCUGGCGUCACUCACUGUGACGGGCCUCUUCUCUGCUGACUGCCAUUUCUCCAGGCCUCCUCUCAGCAAUGAGUCCAAGGGACCGGAGAUAGGCAUGUUGCUGCUGCUGCCUCUCCAGAGAGCCCCGGACACCUGUGUCCAGCCUGCUUUCCUGGGCUGGCUCAGGAAACCUGCCAAGUUCAGACUGAGGCUGGCUCCAAGCUGCCCCUGCGCUGUGCCUCUUUUUGGUCAAGCCAGGUGUGCACAUUCCAAGUUCCUAAGUGGGGUCAAAAGAACCCAGCAGAUGUCACAAAACCGACUCCAGUUGAAUGUUUAGGUUUUGCUAAACUUUUUUUUCCCCUUUUGCAUUGAUGGUAGUAGGUAGCCCAGGUGUGAGGCAAGAGUGCAUUCCAUGGUGAUUUGGUCAAGGGGGGCCCACUCCUGCUACUGGGGGUUGUUUUACAAGGCACCAGCUGACUCUGCAGUAGUGCAAAAUUCCAAGCGGUCAUUUUAUUCUUGGUUUGAUUUAUCCUAUUAAAAAUGCAGGAAAAAAGAUGUUUGGGCACUGGCUUUUUUGCGUCAGGCACAAGAGGGAAUAAAACCAAGGAAGAGUCCAACAGAGUCUAACUAAACCUAGAUCCAGAGCAGAGAGGGAGUUACCCGAGAGGUGUGUGUUUUUAUUUUAUUUUAUUUUUUCUUUUUAUUAUAUUGGGUGGGGAGGGGGGAGCUAGACUGAAGCAUUGGAUUUUUUUUUCUUUUUUUAGUGUUUUCCCUUGUUCUUGAAGGCUUUGCCCUGCUACCUAAGUUUUAGAUUCCUUUAGGAACUUGGUGCUAGAAUGUCAGAAGCUCCCAGUGUCUUCUACUUGGGGAGAAGUGAGCCAUCUGCUGGCCAGGAAGUCUUUCUGUCUAAUCAAACUGGCAGCUUAUCCCACAAAGGUGUUAGGAAGCUUGUUCCUGGAGUAAACCAGGGCUUAGUGCCUACAGAAGAGGCCUGGCUGAAAGUGAGGUAAAAGCCCGGGAGCUGAGAGUCUGUCUGUUUUACCUCAUUUCAAGUUGGAGUUGCAAGAGUCUGCUUGAUUUCCAAGAGAAACAGAACACAAUAGGUCUCGAUCUCCCAACAGCUUCCUUUUUUUACUUUGCUGUUUUGUUGCUGGUAGAGUUCAACAGCAGUAUACCCUACCUUUAUAUAUCCUAAGAAACACUAAUUCUAGGUUUUUAUUAGCCAAAAUGUUUUUGUUCUGAAAAUAUUUUUGUUUUGAAUAACGAUAUUACUGGGCCAGUAGAUGUGAAGAGCCCUGACCUGUGGUUUCCUGAAGUUGCCAGGUUGUUGGGACAGGCAAGAGCAUCCUGGGUGUUGAUGCACUUGGGUGGGUCUGGCUGGGAGCAGGGCAGAACACCACUCUGGCAUUUCUAGGAAGCUUCCCUCUCCCCUCCCCCCACCUUCACAGGUUCUCCCACCUCUCCUAAGUGGUUGGCCCACCCCAUGCUAGAAUGGGAGAGGUUUCCUCUGUGGUGGUGGAGGGACAUGUUUCCUAGGCUGUCCCCUGCCUCUUCUUGGCUACUUCAUGUACCCCAGGGGAUCAGGAAUCUUCAUCACUCCUGAGCCCAGCCGGGGAAGGCUGAACAUGUCAGCUUCAGGGUUGCUUGAGGCUGCUGCUUGCCCACCUGGACCCCAGCCAUGCCUGGAACCCAGUCCCAGAGCAGGGAGCUUGGCUGGCCGGGAUUUUCCACCCCACCAUCACUAAGCCGGAGAGAGGGAUAAGGGAGGGAGCCGUGCUGCUGUUUCUGUUUGGCAUUCCCCCUGGUGUAAAACGGGGUGUCUGGGGGUGGGGAAAGCCUCUGUUUAGGUUGCUUGUGAGAUAAACCUGGGGAACUAUUUGAGCAAAAAUCUACUGUAAAUAACUUUGGUUUUUGUCUUUUGUCGAAUAAAGCUGUUUUUAUUUUUAAAA